AUGACCUCCAAGUCAUUGUACAAAGAAUUAUUUGAAGGAGAACUUUCCGAUGUGGAAGAAGAUUGUCCCGGAUGUCAAGAACUUGAAUAUACAGAUUCCUACAAUUUAUUUCAUGACAUAUUCAACGAGAAUAUAAUUUUACACGAUAUUUCUGACUUAUCCAAAGAACUUGAUGACAAAGUUUUGGACACAUUUGUUAAAUUGUUGAUUCUUUAUCAUAUGCAUAAAACCUUGGCAGAAUUAAUUAUUAUUAGAAAUUUACAAGUUGAUCAAUCAAAACUUCCCUUAACCGUGAAAAUCAUGAUAAAAAAUAAGAAGAGUGUUAAUAAAAGUAAAAAGAUUUAUGAUAUUUUUAAUGAAGAAGUGGAACAAUUAUAUGGAAAACCUUUUCAUUUGAAUCGACCAAAGGAGAAAAAGAACGUUUGGAUUGAUAAAAAAUGGAUGAUUCUUUCUUGUAUUAUUGCUA